UUUAAACAAAAAAGUUGUGCAAAUCAGUCUCCCAAAAUGCCAUCCACAUAUAAGAAGGAUAAGCCGUGGGAUACGGAUGAUAUUGAUAAGUGGAAGGUCGAGCCCUUCAAAGCCGAUGAUAAUGUCGCCGGUAGUUUUGCCGAGGAAUCCUCCUUCGCCACGCUUUUCCCCAAGUAUCGCGAAGUUUACCUGAAGGAGGCAUGGCCCGUUGUGACAAGGGCUCUGGAAAAGCAGGGAAUCGCUUGUACCCUGGAUUUGGUUGAGGGUAGCAUGACUGUGAAAACCACCCGGAAGACUUUUGACCCGGCAGCAAUUCUCAAAGCUCGUGAUCUUAUCAAGUUGCUUUCCAGAAGUGUGCCUGUACAACAGGCAUUGAAGAUCCUCGAGGAUGACGUCGCUUGCGAUAUUAUCAAAAUUCGGAAUCAAGUUCGGAAUAAAGAACGCUUUGUGAAACGUCGCCAACGUAUUCUGGGGCCGCAAGGUUCGACACUCAAGGCCCUCGAACUCUUGACCGGUACAUAUAUCCUCGUGCAAGGAAACACCGUCUCCGCCAUGGGCCCUUAUAAAGGUCUUAAAGAAGUGCGCAAGGUUGUGAAUGACUGCAUGGCCAAUAUCCACCCCAUCUACCACAUCAAGGAGCUCAUGAUCAAGCGUGAACUGGCCAAGGACCCUUCUCUCGCCAAUGAAUCCUGGGAUCGAUUCCUGCCAAACUUCAAGAAGCGCACACUGUCGAAGCGUCACACACCGUUCAAGGUCACCGACAAGUCCAAGAAGGUGUACACUCCCUUCCCACCCGCCCCGGAGAAGAGCAAGAUGGACUUGCAGAUCGAGUCCGGCGAGUACUUCCUGUCCAAGGAAGCCAAGGACCGUGCACAGAAGGAAGAAAUUAUGGAGAAGCAGCGUGUGAAGCGCGAAGAAAAGAUGAAGGAGCGUGCCAAGGCCUUCGUACCUCCCGAAGAGCUAGAGAGUACCAAGAAGGAAAAGAAGGACAAAAAGGAGAAAAAGAAGCGGAAGCGCGACUCGGAGGCGGAGGCGGACGUCGAUGGCUCCGAAAAGAAAGAGAAGAAAAAGAAGAAGAAGAGCAAAUCAAAGGAGAACACCUCCUCAGAUGGAGAGUCGUAGAUUGCUUGUUGAUAGUUAUGUGCUUCUUAUGUUGCUUUCAUUACUUUCAUGCUCUCCGUCAGGUAUUGAUCCUUUAUGUUCACUUUCCCAAGAUACGGCGCUUAGGCAUAGCAUGGGCUGGAGUUUAUUUUCACUCUUCUAUAUCCAAGAGCUUUGUCUAUAUCUAAAAGCUUUGGAAGAAAAAAAGUCAUAUAUCCCUGUCUUCUCUUCUACUGCAGUUUGCUUUCCUACAUCUAUAGCUUAGCGUGACUCUAGAAUAGGGUCUCACGACGUAAACCAGCAAUCUAACAUCUUGGUCGCCUUACUGUCAACCUUAUUACUUGAAUAUCAGUUUUCC